CCUCAUCCUCUUCUUUCUCUUUCUCGGUCCUGAAUCAAUGGCGGAGAACUACCAGCAAGUGGUGAAGGCAGCGACGGCGGUGGUGACUGGAGGGUCGACGCUGAUGCUGUGUGGGCUGACGCUGGUGAGCACUGUGAUCUUUCUGACAGUGGCCACGCCAUUGAUGGUGAUCUUUAGCCCUGUGCUUAUCCCCGCCGUCAUCACUGUUUGCUUGAUUUUCUCUGGGUUUCUUGUUUCCGGUGGCUUCGGCGUCGCCGGCGCCUCCGUGCUCUACUGGAUGUACAGGUAUAUAGCAGGGAAACAUCCUCCUGGUGCUGAUCAGUUAGAUGAAGCAAGAUAUAAGUUGGCGGCAAAGGCAAGGGAGGUCAAGGAAUUGGCUCAGAACCGGCUCGAGCAGGCUGGUCACACUGGUUCCUAAACCUGGCUACACCUAGCCAGCUAUCUAUCUUUGGUCAUAUAUAUGUAUGUUGAAUGUGUUACUUUGAGUCCCUUUGUUGGUAGUCUUUGCUCUUUCAUAUCAUCUUCAUAAACAUAAUAAAAUUUUUAACAAUGUUGCU